AUGUCCAACGUCAGCUCCACCACUGAAUUCCUCCUCCUGGCCUUUGCAGACAGACGGGAGCUGCAGCUUCUGCACUUCGGCAGGCCCCUGCACGACGGGACCCUCCGGGGCAGCAGAGCUUGUGUCCACAUGGCAGCAGCUGCCUGGGCCAGUGGGUUCCUCUAUGCUCUGCUGCACACGGCCAAUACAUUUUCCCUGCCCCUCUGCCAGGGCAAUGCCCUGGACCAGUUCUUCUGUGAAAUCCCCCAGAUCCUCAAGCUCUCCUGCUCACAAUCCUCCCACAGGGAAACUGGGCUUAUGGUGCUUAGUGCUGCUUUAGCAUUUGGCUGCUUUGUUUUCAUUGUGUUGUCGUAUGUGGAGAUCUUCAGGGCCGUGCUGAGGAUGCCCUCGGAGCAGGGACGGCACAAAGCCUUUUCCACCUGCCUCCCUCACCUGGCCGUGGUCUCUAUUUUUUUGAUCACUGCCAUGUUUAGCAACCUGAAGCCCCCUUCCAUCUCUUCCCCAUCCCUGGACCUGGUCAUGGCAGUUCUGUACUCAGUGGUGCCUCCAGCACUGAACCCCCUCAUCUACAGCAUGAGGAACCAGGAGCUCAAGGAUGCCCUAAGGAAACUAAUGAAGGUAUUGUUUUGGAGGAAAAAAAGU